AUGAUUACUAACAUUUUCAUUUUUGUUAUGCAUGUUUAUGGUCUUAUAUUUUUCUCACUUCUCUUGCUAUGCCUUGAAACAGCAACGUCCAACCAUUUGGGAGCAGUGGGAGGAUAUGAUAAGGAGAGAGAUGCUCUCCUUCAAUUCAAAGCAAACCUUCAAGAUCCCUAUGGCAUUCUCUCUACAUGGACAGCUGAUGGGGAUGAAUGUUGUAAAUGGGAUGGAGUCACGUGUAACAGAAAAACCGGUCAUAUAACAAUGCUUGAUAUUAACUCAGGUGCUCUUGGAGGUCAGAUUAGCCAUGCAUUGCAUAACUUAAGCUACCUGACUCAUCUUGACCUUUCCAUCAAUUCUCUUUAUGGAGCCAUUCCCACGUUCAUUGGUUCCUUGACUCGGUUAAGGUACCUUAACCUUGGUUCGAAUCAUUUUAAUGGAACCAUUCCUCGGUCCAUUGGUUCCUUGACAAAAUUAAAAUAUCUUGACCUUUCUGAUAACUCUCUCUAUGGAACCAUUCCUUCCGAGUUUGGAAACCUCACCAACUUGCAGAGACUUGAACUUGGAGAUGUUGGAAGGUGUACAGUUGAAAAUCUAGAGUGGUUAUCUCAUCUAUCACGUUUGGAGGUAUUUGAAAUAUAUGGGGUUUCCCUCGCCAAACAAAAUUACUGGGUAGAUGUGAUUUUGAGUCUCCGGAAACUCUCAGAUUUAGGUUUAGGAGGAUGUGAGCUCUCAGAGGUCAUGCAUCCAUAUUCUUCAUCUCUCAACUCUUCUUCAUCUAUAGUUAGCCUUUCUCUUGAACAAAACAAUCUCAACUCAUCGAUGUAUCGUUGGUUGUUCCCAUUAACAACCAACAAGCUUCGUGAUCUUUCUCUCUCUAGCAACACGUUAGAUUUGGUACCCAAAUAUCUUGGUAAUCUCUGUAAUUUGACCUCUUUCUAUAUGCUUGAAAACUCUGCAGUGGUCAAUUUUCCGGAUAUUCUGAACAACUUGAGUGGAUGUGCAUCACAUAGGUUGCAAGACUUGUUUGUCCGCGGAAGCCAAUUUAUAGGGUCAGUGUCUGAUGAGAUCCAGAAAUUUUCAUCCCUAGAACAGUUGGACUUAUCUGAUAAUCAUUUAAAUGGAACUAUCAGUGACAAACUGUGGGAACUACCCAGGCUUACGAAUCUUAACAUUUCUUUCAAUUAUUUUAGAGGUGUUAUCUCUGGAAACAUUGGAAGGUCCAAGACUCUUGUAAUAGAUCUAUCAAAAAACCCACUCCAAGGUGUUCCUCCCACAUAUCACAUGUCAAACCUUUCUUAUGUACGUAUUAUAGAUCUCAGCUCUUGCAAGCUAGGUCCUGGCUUCCCUAAAUGGAUUCAAACCCUGAAAAAUCUUAGCUAUCUUGAUAUUUCCAAUAAUGGAAUUUCAGACACAACUCCUCUGGAGUUUUGGGACGCGUGGCCUUCGCGGUUAAAAUAUUUGAAUCUCUCUUCCAACAACAUCACAGGGAAAAUACCAGAUUUAUCAUCAAAUUUUAUUUCUCGUUCAGUGAUAGAUUUGAGUUCCAAUAAUUUAUGUGGUCUAAUACCAAAUGUCUCUUCCACUUUGGCAUCACUAAACCUUUCCAGAAACAAAUUCAAUGGAGGGAUAUUCUUUUUAUGCCAAAUGGUCAAUAGAACUUUAGAAUUCCUUGACCUCUCCCAUAACGUUCUAUCCGGACAGCUUCCGGACUGUUUGUGGAAUUUCAAAGAAUUAAAAGUUCUUAAUCUAGGACACAACAAUCUAUUUGGAAGGCUUCCUGCCUCUCUAGGAUACGUGGCUCAACUCGAAGUGCUGUAUUUACACGGCAACGAAUUCUUUGGAGAAUUGCCUUUGUCUUUGAAGUAUUGCACGAAUUUAAAUUUCUUGGAUUUGGGGGCAAACAAGUUUUCUGGUAACGUGCCAGCUUGGAUUGGGGAAAACUUAUCGGGGUUGUAUGCUCUUAUCCUAGGAUCAAACAACUUCGCUGGAACCAUCCCUUUACAGUUAUGUCAAUUAGCAAAUCUUCAAAUUCUGGACUUGUCCAUGAAUCAUCUCCACGGAACCAUCCCUUGGUGUUUCAAUAAUCUUACGAGCAUGGUUCAAGAUGGAUCCUUAGCACCACCGUACCUACAUCCUUAUUCGACUAUAUUUGGAAUUUCAGAUAGGGGGAUCAUCACUGAUCAAGAGUACAUUGACCAUGUGAUGAUCGAGUGGCUAGGAGAUGAACGUGAGUUCAUCAGAACUAAUCUUGAAUUGUUGAAGAUGAUUGACCUGUCAAGAAACAACUUAACAGGACAGAUACCAUAUGAACUUACCAAUCUUUGUGAGCUGCUGGCACUGAACCUAUCAAAUAACGCUCUUCUUGGAGAGAUUCCACAACAAGUUGGUCAGAUGAAAAAACUUUUAGCUCUUGAUUUAUCUAGAAACAGUUUUUCCGGAGGGAUACCAUCAAGCAUGUCUCAAAUGACUUCUUUGAGUUACCUAGACUUGUCAUCUAAUCACUUGUCGGGGAGAAUCCCAUCUGGCACUCAACUCCAGUCCUUUGACCCAUCAAAAUAUGAAAAAAACACAGGACUAUGUGGACCUCCUCUUUCCAAAAAAUGUCCUGGAGAUGAAGAACCGGAAAUACCUUCAGUUGUUGGUGAAAGUGGUGGUGAUGUGGAAGACAUAGAUGAAUUUUGGGGAUGGUUCUAUAUUGGUGGGGGCACUGGCUUUGCUACUGGAUUUUGGAUAGUAUGUGGCACUCUACUUCUCAACCGUCGUGCGAGACAUGUUUUUUUUCUGUUUUAUGAUAGUUUAAAAGAUUGGAUUUAUCUGAAGGCAGUGUUGUGCAUUGUAAAUUUGAAAACAGUUGAUACCUAA